UGAUGCCCAGCAUCCGGCUCUUUAAUUGAAAAAAUAUGCCAAAGUAGAAAAAGCAAAAAGGGCAGUAGGCGAAGUCUGAGAGAAUCACUAGUUAAAAACCCCACUUCCGAGAAGGUCGGAAUCAAAUAUUGAAAUUUAGUUUGAGUUGAGAGAAUACGAUGAAAUCACAACAGUGAAAAAAGAAAAAAAGAAAAAAACAAGAUGGUCGACAACAGAGAGGCAUUGCUAGACGGGAAAAACAAGUAUUUUGAGAAUUGCCCAGGAUGCAAGAUUGAGCAGCUUAAGGAGACCAACAGCGGUGUUCCCUUCAAGCAUUUAUUCUAUGUCUGGGUCGUUGUCCUUGCUGCCGCUUUACCAAUUUCCUCUCUUUUCCCUUUCCUUUAUUUCAUGAUAAGGGACUUCCAUAUUGCUAACAAGGAGGAAGAUAUUGGUUAUUAUGCUGGUUAUGUAGGAUCUGCCUUUAUGUUUGGAAGAGCUUUGACUUCUAUUCUUUGGGGAAUGAUAGCUGAUCGAUAUGGUCGAAAGCCUGUAAUUGUGUUUGGCACAUUUUCAGUGGUUACUUUCAACACUCUUUUUGGCCUUAGUACGAAUUUUUGGGUUGCUAUUUCUGCACGCUUUCUUCUUGGAAGUUUGUGUGGCAUUCUUGGCCCAAUGAGGGCAUAUGCUUCUGAAGUUUGCCAUAAGGAAUAUCAAGCGUUAGGAAUGUCUGUUAUUAGCACAUCAUGGGGUAUUGGCUUAGUCAUCGGUCCAGCUCUUGGAGGUUUUCUUGCACAGCCUGCGGAGAAAUUUCCACAUAUAUUUGCCAAGGAAUCCCUUUUUGGGAGGUUUCCUUACUUCUUACCAUGCUUUUUGAUAUCACUUUUCGCACUUGGUGUCCUUUUGAUUUCGUGUUCCCUUCCAGAGACAUUGCACAUCCAUAAGAGAUAUGAUAAAGAAAGUGAUGAGGUAAAUGAUGAAUUAGUGACCUCCACAUGUGAGCCCAAUGCAAAUGAAAAGGUACUGAUUGAAGGAAGACAUCGAACCUCUCAACAGAACCUUUUGAAAAACUGGCCUUUAAUGUCAUCAAUUAUCAUAUAUUGUGUUUUCCAACUCCACGAUAUGGCCUAUGCUGAGGGCUUGGAUUCGAGGAAAAAGAUUGGCAAUGCUAGAAUGUGUGCUGGACUCUAUCUCCUUAGAGAUGAGAGAGGAUCAUGGAAGAGUGCUUGUUUGGUUUCAUUUUCUAGUAAGAUUAAAGAAAAUACAAUCAUGUUAUGGCACUAUCGUUUAGCACAUCCAAAUUUCUUGUACCUCAAAAAACUAUUCCCUGAUUUAUUCAAUAAAGGUUUCGAAUCUUAUCAAUGUGAAAUUUGUCAAUUUUCCAAACACACUUGCAAUUCAUAUCCAAGUCAACCAUACAAAUCAACUCAUCAUUUUUCUAUGAUCCAUAGUGAUGUUUUGGGACCAUUGAGGGUUACAUGGCUAUUCCUCGUGAAAGACAAGUCAAAGGUUAGUUCAAUAUUUCAAAAUUUUAACAAGAUGGUGCAAACUCAAAUUUAAGCAAAAAUUUAGGUGUUUAGAACAGAUAAUAGGCGAGAAUACUAUCACUCAGUUCUUUGAUCUUGUUAGAUCAAGGAAUUAUUCAUUAGAGCUCAUGUACUAAAAUUCCUCAACAAAAUGGAUUUGCCAAGCGAAAGAAUAGACACUUGAUAGAAGUUGCAAGAUCUAUUAUGCUAGCCUCCCAUUCUUGAAACAUUUAUGUGGAGAGGCAAUUUUGACAGCAGCCUUCUUUAUCAAUAGGAUGCCAUCUUGAGUACUAAAAUUCCAAACCCCUUGUCAAACACUUCUCAAAACCUACCCUCAUUUCCAAAUCAUUUCCUCUAGACCAAUCAAAGUGUUCGGAUGUAAUACCUUUGUUCAUAUACACCAACUAUGACACAGUAAACUAGACCCUAGAUCAUUCAAGUGUAUAUUUCUUGGCUAUUCACCUAACUAAAACAGCUAUAAAUGUUAUUCACCAACUACCAGAAAGUUUUACACUUCUAUAGAUGUCUCCUUCUUUGAGAAUCAUCCAUUCUAUCCCAAAGCCGAUAUUCAGGGGGAAAGUUCUAGGGAAUAACAACUUUGGGAGAUUGAGCCAUCAUCUGAUCCUUCUUCUACUUGUUUGCCAAUUCAAAUUCCCAUUUCGAAUAAUUAUUCUUUUUAUUCUGAGUCUACUAGUCAUCUUGAGUCUCUAAAAUCUCUUGAAACCGUGCAAGAGACAAAAGCUAAGGUAAUGAUUGUAUACUCAAGGAGAUCGAAAUCUUAAAAGGAGAUAGGGACCUAUACAUAUCCAACAUAGAACCAAGAUUCUCAACCAAAUCCAAGGACUUUGGAAAUUCAUAAAGGUAACAAUAUUACUGAACCUAUCUCUGAUGAUUUUUCUAGUGAUCUUGAUCAGCCCAUUACUAUAAGAAAAGGUGUGUAAUCAUGUACUCAGCACCCUAUUAGUAACUUUGUUUCCUAUGAAGGGUUGUUUCUUACUUAUCGGGCACUGGUUACAUCAUUAACUGAUGUUCAUGUACCAAAUACCAUCACAACCAAAGUGGAAGGCUGUGGUAAUGGAAGCAAUGUAAGCACUUGAAAAGAAUGACACAUGGAAAAUUACUGAUCUUCUUAGAGGAAAAAGCCUUGUGGGAUGUAAGUGUAUUUUUACUAUCAAACACAAUAUAGAUAAAA